CUAUUAUUCGACAUCCUCACCUAUGGGAGCGGCAUCUGACAACGAACAUAUUUUCAAGCUCAACUGAACGAAACUUUCAAAAAAAUAGCACAUGUCGAACGCCCAGGUAAACAUUAACGUAUGUGAGGAAUAAAUGAGCGAUAAAACGAGCAAGGGUGUUUCGUUAUAAACGUCCAGAUACAACGUAGUUUCACGUGAUACAUCAUGGAGAAAAAACUUACACCCAGGCGCACUAGCUCCCCAGUUCGGCCAGAAACCUCACCUGCUGUCACAAAGAAUGACUCGUUCCUGGAGGAUAUGGACCUUUUUUCCCAUAAUCGUAAUAUUUAUAUAUCUGAGAGAGAAGACGAUCGCUUUAUAACUAAGAGAACAUCGUCACCUUGCACUGUGCCUUUUGCAACAGUGAUAGAGGACGGCUUCGGCCAACGAAGCAGCAAGGUCUCUCAUCCUAUAAAAGCACCUGUGACCUCGGUUACUAAAACUUUGAAAACGGUACGCAAAUCUGGCCGACAAGAAAUCGGAAGCGGUGAUGGGUUGCAGCAAGAAGAUUCUCAGGUGGGCACAACGACCCGAGAAUCCAAAGUGUUACAAGAAAACAAACUAAAAAGUAAGGAUAAUAGAGUACGAUUAAGGCGCAGUGAACCAAAGGCUCCAGAGUGCCAAAAUAGGACGCAAAAUGAACUCAGUAAAUCCCAGCAGGACCGAAAAUCCCUUGUAAAAGAACGAAGCCGGCGUUCCGGAAGCUGCAAAGAAACUGAUUGUAGUUCUAAUACUUCUGAGGAGCAGAGGCAGCCAUCCAAUUUAUCGAGACAAUCAAACUCUCAGCUGGAAACAAGUAAGGAUCACCAUCGUCGUUCAGAUGGAGCUCAGAAGCUGGAUGGUAGAGAUAUUCCAGAAUCUGUUGCUCUGCUGAGCGCAAUAAAGGAAAUUAUCAGUACAUACACCAAAGAGGAAGGAAACAAGAUCAAUCGAGUUCUGAACGAGCUUCAUAUCCUGAGUCAGGCCAGCCUAAUAAAAAAUUUGAUGUUUCAAACCGACGAGAUAAGAAAAGACCUGCAGCUAGGUGGAAAUAUGGGACAAUUGCGCACAUUAAUGAAUGAAAACGAAAUACUGAAGGAGAACUUUGCUUUAUUAAAGCUGAAAUAUGAGGAUGUACAGCGAAGAUUGGAGGAGACUGAACGUAUUAAAGAAGAAAAUGCUGCGUUGAAACUGAAGUUGCAGGAACUCUUGAAUCGCAAGUCUAGCUGAAAUGAUAUCCAAUCUUUUUUCUCACUUUCGAAAAUUCUACCGAAUUUGAAAUCUCGCUGCCGACCGUGAUGUAUUGUAAUUUUACCUAUAAUAAGGUGAAAUUGUAUUCGCAUUUCGCGUUACUAUUUACACAAUUAUUACGACUAUUCCUCUUAUCGUUACAAGUAUAUAUUAUUUCUCUUAAUCUUCGCAAUUCGAGCUAGCUUCAAAUUUUUGUAUCAAUAAAAUAUUUUUGUACUUAUUAUAAUAUCGAUCCUGAAUUGAUCUCGUUUCACGUGAAAGUUGUAUAACUUUUUUCGCGUUUACUGUAAUUACAAGUCCACAGCUUCCG